AUGAGUGAUAAUUUUCGUCAACAAAUAAAUAAUAUUUUUCCCUCAGACCAUCCGCAAAUUAAUUUUUCUUCAUCAUAUACUACUACUAGUAGUAAUGUUGAUAAUAGUAACAAUUACAAUGCACCUGAUAUUGGUACUUUUGAUAGAAAUUCUCAAACUAUCAAUCUAAACAAUAUUGAUAAUAAUCCUCCUGGAUUUUUCUUAACACAUCCUCAACUUUUACUUCCGCCACAAUCUCAAUCUUCACUUAGAACACCAUCUCAACCUUUACCUUUACUUCUUGGGUCACAACAAUCUCUGAUUCCACAACAGCCUCGACCAUUUUUUUCACCAAAUUCUCAAUAUACAAUUUUGAGUCCUCAAGUAAGCCAACAUAUUCCUCAACAAAAUGACCAAGCACAAUUUAAUCCAAGACUUCCUUGUAAUCAUAACUACAACAACAAUCGUAAUAAUAGACUAGGUGGAAAUCUUGAUGAUGUGAUUCUAAAUUUAAAUGACAUUAAUAAAGAUCUUUCAAAAAUUAUGAAUGAUUAUGGUAUUUUGGCUAGACGACUCAAUAAUGCUAUUCAAAAUAUAAAUGCUCUUAAUAGUAACAUCUCAAAUAUUUUAAAUA